AUGGCCAUGAGGAUCCAGGAGCAGCCUGCUUCCUCUCCUGGGUGGGACAUGCACCAUGAGAAAGUGGUGCCCUCCCAAGACAUCUUUGAUUUCGUCAAGGCAAGAGCUGAGCUUGUUUUUCUUCUUUCUAGGAGGCCUGGGGAAGUUAGGAGUUUGCGCUCGGUGCCGCCCGAGCUCUGGAUUCACCUGGCCGUGGUGGCCUGUGGCAAUCGGUUGGAGGAGACACUGGUCAUGCUCAAGUCAGCCGUGCUGUUCAGCCACAGGAAGAUGUGUUUUCACAUCUUCACGGAGGACGCUCUGAAGCCCGAGUUUGAUAAACAGUUGCGCCAGUGGCCCGACUCAUAUACAAAGAAGUUUGAGCACAGAAUCUACCCCAUCACAUUUUCUGUUGGAAACCCUCAGGAAUGGAAGAAAUUAUUCAAACCCUGUGCCGCCCAGAGACUCUUCCUUCCGGUGAUCCUAAAGGAUGUGGACUCGCUCCUCUACGUGGACACCGACGUCCUCUUUCUGAGGCCGGUGGAUGACAUCUGGAAGCUUCUGAGGCAGUUUAACUCCACCCAGCUUGCCGCCAUGGCCCCAGAGCACGAAAUCCCCAAGAUCGGCUGGUACAGCCGCUUUGCCCGGCACCCUUUCUAUGGCUCUACGGGGGUUAAUUCAGGGGUCAUGCUCAUGAACUUGACUCGCAUAAGAAGUACCCAGUUCAAGAACAGCCUGAUUCCAGCAGGCCUGGCUUGGGAGGACAUGCUGCUCCCGCUGUACCAGAAGUAUAAGAAUGCCAUCACGUGGGGAGACCAGGACUUACUAAAUAUUAUUUUCUAUUUCAACCCAGAGUGUCUCUACGUGUUCCCCUGCCAGUGGAACUACCGCCCCGAUCACUGCAUGUACGGAAGCAACUGCAAAGAGGCGGAGCGGGAAGGUGUGUCUGUUCUGCAUGGCAACCGCGGCGUCUACCAUGACGAUAAGCAGCCCACUUUCCGAGCCCUUUACGAAGCAAUCCGGGAUUUUCCCUUUCAAGACAAUCUUUUUCAAUCCAUGUACUACCCUCUCCAGCUGAAGUUUUUGGAGACAGUGCACACGCUGUGUGGGCGGAUCCCCCAGGUGUUUCUGAAGCAGAUUGAGAAAACAAUGAGAAGGGCUUAUGAGAAGCACGUCAUCAUCCACGUGGGCCCCAACUCCAUGAGCUGAGUGCCCACCUUGCUUUGAGUCAGCCUGGUGUCUCUGACUAAGGACAUGGAUCCUUACGCUGCCCGGAUAUUUGUGUUUGUGUGUGAAUAUUUAAUGGUGCUCUGUAAAUGUUGAGUUUUAAAUGUCUGGUUACAUUAUGCUGAGUUAGUUAUCCCUAAAAGGGAAUAUGCUUUUCUUGAUUUUCUUUUAAAAUUGUAUUUAUCUUGUUUUUAAAGUUCUUAUCAUGAAUUUAACACUGUCUCAGUGGGUUAAGAAAGGGAACUUUUCCUAGCCUCCAAAUAUGAGACCCUGCUGGGGUAUGCAGGAUCGUAAUUAUCUGGUAUUCUAGAGAUUCUUCCUUUGCAACUUGCUCUCUCACCCUAUUAAAAAGGAAUAUGUACUGGGGCUGGCAGGAUUGCUGAGUGGUAAAAGCAUCUGUCACCAUGCCUGAUGACCUGGGUUCAGUUCCCUAGAUGGGAGUUAUCCUCUGACCCUCAUGUGUACCCACACUCACACCUGCAAAUAAAGAAAUGUAAUAUUAAAAAUAACAGUAGGGGGCUAGAGAGAUGGCUCAGCAGUUAAGAGCAUGGCUGCUCUCCUGGAGGAUCCUAGUUCAAUUCCCAGCACCCACACGGCAGCUCACAACUAUAACUCCAGUUCCAGGGGAUCCGACACCCUCACUCAGGCAUACUUGUAGGCAAAACACCAAUGCACAUAAAAAUAAAAAAUAAAAUAAAAUAACUAUAGGAGCUGGAGAGAUGGCUCAACAGUUAAGAGCACCGACUGCUUUUCCAGAGAAUCUGCAUUUCAUUUCCAGCACCCACAUAAUGGCUCACAAGCAUCUAUAACUCCAGUUCCAGGGCAUCCAAUGCCCUCUUUUAUCCUCCACAAGCACUAGGCACAUAAAUAAUGUGCACAGAUAUACAUGCAGGCAGAACACCCUCAUACAUAAAAUAAAAUGAUAACUUUCAAAAAUUAAAAGAUAAUAUGUGUUGUGAGACAAACCUGGAGAGAAUAAAGGUCAACGAAACGCAAUGAAGAUUAGAUUAGACAUAAUCCUACCAACCGCUUGAAAAGGUUGUCACCGUUUUAAUGUAUUUCCUUUCAGACUCGUUAAAACUUCCCUGACUUCUGUAUUUCCAUUGUAACCCGUUUAAAACGCGUGACCUCGGUAAGGAGCAGCCUCUGUGCUAAGAUUUCAUGGGGGAGACUGAAAAGCCAGACGAGAUAAUUACAGCACUGCCGUGUCUGGAAGAGGCUUUCAGACCAGCUAAUUGGGCAGCAUUUCAAGAUGAAGCAUGCGUCUGGGAGUGCAUCUCAGAAGGAUUGCUGAGCUCCGAGGAGGGCGCAAUCGUGAGAAAUGUCUAUGCAACAAAAGCUUCUGAGAAAGCCCAGGGGAUCUCUUUAGCGAAGAGUAGUAUUUUGUGUUUCUUUACGGACGAGAGCACUUGACUGGACUGCUGGGCAGUGGUAGAAAGCCAAGGACGACUUCAGAUGUUUGUUUGGCUUCCAUUGUUUUUGUUUUCGUUGUAUUUUUAACUAUGUGUCUGUGUCUCUGUCUGUGUCUGUGCCUCUGUACAGGCAUGUAAGUGCAGGUGCCUGUGGGCACCAGAAGAGAAGGGAAUUAAAUCCCCUUGAGCUUGAA